AUGCAGCGCGUCGUAAGAAAACUAACCAGGAUUCUUUCACACAAACAAGUUGUAGGUUUUCGUAACUAUUACGCUGGCGGGGUUGCGGUUGAUGUUGGACAACCAACCUCUGCAUCUCAUCCGCAGCUAGUGAAAGAUGGGGAGCUCACACCGGGCAUAUCUACGGAAGAAUACAUCCAAAGAAGAAAAAAGUUGUUGGAACUUCUCCCAGAGAAGAGUUUGGCAAUCAUUGCUGCUGCCCCAGUAAAGAUGAUGACAGAUGUCGUGCCUUAUACAUUUCGACAAGAUGCUGAUUACUUGUAUAUCACAGGCUGCCAGCAGCCUGGUGGUGUGGCCAUUUUGGGACACGACUGUGGCUUAUGCAUGUUCAUGCCAGAAGCUAAGCCUUAUGAUGUUAUUUGGCAAGGGCAGAUAGCAGGAGUUGAGGCAGCAUUAGAUACAUUCAAGGCUGACAAGGCAUAUCCAAUAAGAAAAUUGCAUGAGAUCCUUCCAGAUAUGAUAAAGGGAUCAUCAAAAUUGUUUCACAAUGUCCAGACUGCAAUUCCAGCUUAUAUGGAACUGGAAGCCUUCAAAAAACUAGCAUGCUGUAACAAUGUAAUGGAUCUAGCUGUUUAUACUCAUCAACUGCGAUGGAUAAAGUCACCAGCAGAGCUUAAGCUGAUGAAGGAAUCUGCAUCAAUUGCUUGUCAGGCUCUUUUGUUGACAAUGCUACAUUCAAAGACAUACCCUUUUGAAGGUACACUAGCAGCAAAGGUUGAAUAUGAAUGCAAAAUUAGAGGUGCCCAGCGGAUGGGAUUCAAUCCUGUGGUUGGUGGUGGACCUAAUGGAAGCAUUAUACACUAUUCUAGAAAUGAUCAGAGAAUUAAACAAGGAGAUCUUGUUUUGAUGGAUAUUGGAUGUGAGUUACAUGGUUAUGUCAGUGAUCUUACUCGUACCUGGCCACCUUGUGGUAGCUUUUCUUCUGCCCAGGAGGAGCUUUAUGAACUUAUAUUGGAAACAAAUAAGCAUUGUGUGGAACUUUGUAAGCCUGGUGCCAGUAUUCGGCAAAUACACAACCAUUCGGUUGAAAUGCUGCAGAAAGGACUCAAAGAUCUUGGGAUUUUGAGAAGUGUUGGUAGCAGUUCCUACCAUAAGCUGAACCCAACUUCUAUAGGUCAUUAUCUAGGGAUGGACAUUCAUGAUUGUUCAAUGGUCAGCUUUGACUGUCCUCUGAAGCCAGGUGUUGUAAUAACUAUUGAACCAGGAGUGUACGUCCCAUCUUCUUUUAAUGGUCCAGAAAGGUAUCGUGGCAUUGGGAUACGGAUUGAGGAUGAGGUUCUGAUCACAGAAACUGGUUAUGAGUUAUUGCUAAACAACACAGGUCCUAACAGCAUCAAUCCCAAAAGAAGUGAAGCAUCUCGAGUCCUUGCUAAACAAUUUCUGCCAUGGAAUGGGAACGGUGGACAGCCAAAACAACUAAAAAGCUUAGCCCAAUUGAUAUAUUCUCAUGCUUGCAGUUGCAGACAACAACCAGAACAUUUCACCCAGACACCGAAUCUCAACCGUCCAAUGACAAUCGAACGAGUCGUGUUAAAUCAGAUUUAUAAUGCGCUUAGUCCAAUGUCUAUCGAACAGUAG